UGGAAAUGCAAACCUGCAUAAAAAACCGUCUUAUUUCUGGCGACGUUGGACAAAACUUCAGCUCAGGAAACAUUGUGUUGUUUCAUCUUCUGUUCUGCUGGACUCUUUCAGACACUUGAACGAGUUUGGUGGCCAGUGAAUCCAGCUCAGACUCAGAGACUCAAUGUCUUCACCCUACGUCACUAUGACCAACAACUACCCUCAUGACAACGAGGUGGACAACAGCAGCCUUUGGGCCAGAGGGACCGCACUUGUCUCCUUCUCCGGCAUCUCCAGGUUCAGACGCUGGUUGUUUCCUGGUGUGACGGCUGCAGUCAUCCUGAUUGUGAUCAUAGCAUUCGGAGUCAGCAACACAAGGACGUCGAAUCGCCUGGGGUCCAUGGAGAAAACUGUUUCCAACCUGACUGACAUCAUCCAAUCCCUGAACACCUCACUGCAACACAUUCAAAAAGCAGCUGAGUUUGCUGCAGAGAAGAACAACGACCAGGUGGCUUCAGUGACGGAUGCGUUGAAGCAUCUGACAGUGCUGGAGGGCCUCAGCAAGAGCGUCGCCGCACUCCAAUGUGCCUUUGAACGCAUCAUCAACAACAGCUCAGCAUCUGGUGGCUGUUGUCCUCUGGGUUGGGAUCGGUCUGAGUCCAGUUGUUAUUACUUCAGCAUCGAUAACCUUUCCUGGAACGAUUCCAGAGACUGGUGUGACAAACAUGGAGCUCACCUGGUCAUCUUCCUCACUGACAAGGAGUGGGAGUUUGUGAGCAGGCAUGCAGAUCACGUGUGGUACUGGGUCGGUCUGAGUGACUGGAGAACAGGAAGGUGGGAGUGGGUCAACCAGACACCGUACAUGAUGAAUCGCAAGCAGUGGGUUCCCGGUCAGCCCGACAGCUCCACCGACCACGGCCAGGGUCGGGGACACGAGGACUGCGCCCACCUUCAUAGCACCGGGCGCCUCAAAGACGCUUUCUGCAGCACCCGCAUGAGAUACAUCUGCCAGAAGAACAGUCUGAGCAUCUAAACUCUGAA